GCUGCGCUAGGAUAGGACGAUGUAUGUACCUCGUUAUAGACUUAAAACGUAUUAUCAGUGGUGUAAAUUGAAAAAUUGCUGAUUUGUACCCCGUAUCGAGUUCUUAAAGUGUAGUGGAAGUGAUAAGUGUUAUUAUUGCGACAAUAGCUACAUUCGCGCGCGGUGAAAACGGGUAUUAGUGUUCGUCGGGGCUCGGGACCUCAGGUCGUCCAUUUGUCUUGCUUUCUUACAGAUGUGCGGGCGGGCCUUACUGGCUCAUCACCUAAGCCAUAAGUGAUGUUGUGAUUGUGAUGAACUAUACAUUCAGACUGCAUGCAUCAUGCAUUCGAACAGUGUUCCAAUAUCGACCGCUGUUUGGGAAAAGUCAGUGCUAUCGGCUCGCGAGUGAUCGCACUUUUGAGACCACGACGCAUUUAUCGACUUUCAAACAUUUGUUAUGAAUAUAAUCGACAAUAACUGUGUUAGCUUUCGAAAUGUCGAAAAUUACGAUAGUUGCUUCCGUGCGAAGCGGGCGAUUCUAUAUCUAAGAGCCGCUUUCGCUGCCUAAUGGCGUUUGGAAAGCUUAUUAUCAUACUAGCCGUCGUGUCAAUCGCUUUAAGCGAUUACCAUGAAAUCGAAGCAGAAAUUAAAGCGAAAAAAGCCAUGGCGGCGGAGAAAGAGCAACGAGCCAGGUCCGCGAACGCGAACCGAGGCUCCCUCCAAAAACUAUCAGCCAUGAUGAACAGGACCGAAGACAGGAGGAAGCCAAGAAAGAACGAGAACAUAAACAAAAUACGCCAAUUGAACAAAAAACACGAUGACAUGAUGAAUGACAACGAAGGAUCGCUAACGAUUAAUCAGAAAACCGUUGCGGAGAACGAUACUAAUUCUUUGACGGACAAGAUCAAGUCUCUACGGCCUCAAGGGCCGACGUACGAAGCUGUCAAUAAGAACAAUUAUUUCUCGCAAGCAACGGGAGUUUAUUGCAAUUUUGAAAAUGGAACGAACGAUUCUUUAGUUGACAUUUGCAUGUGGCAAUGGAAUAGUACGGUGUCGAAACACGGACUUGGUUUUAAGGUUGUGACUGCUGAAGAUGUUAGGAUUAUGAAUGAGACAACAAGGGGACUGAAGUUUUCUGGGCCUAAGUUUGAUGCUGAUGGAAAAGUCCAAGGUCACUUCCUGUAUCUCCCGGUGGACCCCACGAUGGAGAAUAUGGUGAUCAAAUCACCACCAUUCCGUGGUCUUUGGGAGUUUUGUAAGUUUGAAGCGAAGCUACAUCAGAGCAAGAUGCAGAACGCCAGCAUACGGCUCGUCUCCGAGACCACUGAGGUCCAGUGGAUUCUUCAGGAGAUCACGGGGAACAACCUUGAAGUAUGGUACCCCAUGCAACUUAUGAUAGGCAAGGUGCAGCAAGAAGUUCGUAUCAUCAUUGAGAUUACCCGGCCGAGUUACGUAAGCCUCUCUCAGACGCUGCCGCACAUAGCCAUAGACAGCAUCCGCAUGGUGGAAUGUUUGCCGGAGCCCCCUGUCUUCGACGGGGAGUGUCAAAUCGGGCAAAUGAAGUGUAAUAUCAUGAAUAGGGAAUCCUGCAUCAAACUGCAACAAGUCUGCGAUCUCGUGAAGGACUGCGAUGAUGGCAGUGACGAGCACCAGAAUUGCGACAAAAUGCCGUAUGGAUCGUACUGCAAUUUCGAACAAGACAAUUGUGGAUUCGAAGAUAUACCUCAGCCCAUCCUGAAAUGGUCUCGACAUAGCGGCCCGACUCCUACGGACAAGACGGGCCCCAACUACGAUCACACCUGCGGCCCCCAAGACCCCCACCCUACGGCGAUCAUCCCCCCUCUCUCCCCUCCAAACAGGAAUAUAACCUCACAUUGCGUCGGAUACUAUUUCUAUGUAAACAUGAAUGUGACCGGACCAAAUAAAGAGAGGGCAGAUUUCGCUUCAACGGCUAUUAUGAAGACUGUCAUCUUUAAUCCUCCGCCUAAAGUCCAUGGGAAUAUCACGUCGAGUUAUUAUAAUUGUUGUAUGAUUCGCUUCUACUAUCAACAAAAUGGCCGUAACUAUGGCUCUAUGAGCGUUGACGUGGUAGAGCUGACGUCGCGAGGAAAUAUCUCUACUUCUCUUUGGUUCUCUACCAAAGACAAAGGAGAGAAUUGGUAUAGAGCUGCGAUAUUUCUUCCUAAUAUUACUAGAAGAUAUUACCUACAAUUCAAGACUCGUAUGGGCAUGCGGAUCUACUCGGACUCCGCCAUAGAUGAUUUCUCCAUGGCACCGGAAUGUUUCGGACUGAAUAUUGACCCUGCAUUCUUAGGAGAUUAUAACUAUUACGAUCCCGUGUUUGAAGAGAAAACUUCACCACAUCCCGCAUUUGCUGAUGAGCUGUAUUACCGCUUCACAACCUGCGGGGCUUCUGGCCGAUUUGGCCCUAAUCAGACGAUGUGCGACUCCGCAUACAACAACACUCCUGUGUCAGUCACGGUGAUCAAGGAUAAGCCUUACAAGGGCAUCCAAGUGUGGAAGGUGCCCAGCGAAGGAUUGUAUACUAUAAUCGCCACGGGAGCGUCAGGGGGUCUCGGAUCAGCUUGGGCGGGUGUCUCCCACGGGGCUCAGGCUAGGGGCUUGUUUGAGUUGCACCAUUCAGAGCAAAUCUACAUGCUAGUUGGACAACAGGGGCUCAAUGCUUGUAAGAAGACACUCUCCGCUCAAGAGAGCCAGGAAUGUUCUAGAAAACAGAACGAACAGAUGGUAUUCACCAGUAAAACUCAUGAAGUGAGGAACACAGAAGUGGUGGACGGAGGUGGGGGUGGGGGUGGGGCUACUUACGUGUUCUUGCUUGACAAAGAUGGCGAAGCUCACCCGUUAUUGGUCGCUGGCGGUGGUGGGGGUAUAUCGGUGGGGAUUUUCAAAGACGACGGCUCCCAACACGCUCGGUCUCUCACCAACGCGACACCAGAGUCAGGAUAUAUGUACGGGAACCCUAACAGGACUUCCGGUGCCGGCGGAGGCUGGCUCAGUCGCCCAGGUCCUAUUACGGAAGGUUUCGACAGAAUCCGAGGGUCGGCUGUGAAAGAGCGAGCAUUGGAUGGGCGUGUGAAGGACAGCGGAGUAGGGGGGGUCGCGUGUGUGGGGGGUGCGCAUGGGGGGUUCGGCGGCGGAGGUGGGGGGUGCCUGCGAGGCGGCGGAGGAGGUGGAUGGCUUGGAGGCACCACUCACGAGAGCGGGGGUCAGCAUGGUGGGGGCGGUUGGUCCUACAUCGAUGGGGCUCGAGCCGUUAAAGAUUACAGCGACGUCGUCAUCGCGCAGAGAACCGGCCCUGGGGAGGUCCUGAUCAUACCUGCUUUGCAUGAUUGCGGCUGCGAUUACCGCUGUGUGGCCAUCAACGAAUACCGGAGCGAGGUCAAAUGUUAUUGCCCUUCGAAGUGGAAGAGCGACGCCCAUGACGCCACCAAAUGUAUUUUGGAAGACUCCUGGCCGCAUCUGUCUUGGCUGCUGGUGAUUGUUCUGUCGGUCGUGGUGUUCGUGUGCGCGCUGGCUGUGCUCUGUGUUUGUCUGUACUUGUACAACUCCUAUCAACGCAAGAAAGAAGCAGAACUACGUCAAAAACGUCUCCUAGAACAAGAGGUUCAACUGCACCGCCUUCGAACCGCGCCGGGGGGCACAGAUAAUGCUUUGAGCAUGGCUUUUAACCCACAUUACGGGAGUGAGAGCUUCUUGCCCCAGGGUUUCGACGUCCGCGGACUGCCCCAAGUGUCCAGGGAAAGCCUGAAGCUUGUCAAAGCCCUCGGGCAAGGCGCCUUUGGUGAGGUCUACCAAGGUCUUUACCGUCACCGAACCGGAGACACGGUAGAAAUGCCGGUUGCCGUCAAAACUCUGCCGGAACUCUCCACCGGACAGGCAGAGUACGACUUUCUGAUGGAAGCGGCUAUCAUGGCCAAAUUCAACCAUCCGAAUAUUGUGCAUCUGAUUGGCGUAUGUUUUGAUAGACAUCCAAGGUUUAUAGUCCUGGAACUCUUAGCCGGCGGGGAUUUGAAGAAUUUCUUACGAGAAAGCCGACCGAAGCCCGAGAGGGCUAGUGCACUGACGAUGAAGGACCUUCUCCUGUGUUCUCUGGACGUAUGCAAAGGAUGUCGCUAUUUGGAGGCGAAGAGAUUCAUACACAGGGACAUAGCAGCUAGGAACUGCCUCCUGACUUCACGUGGGCCUGGUCGUGUGGUCAAAAUCGCUGACUUCGGCAUGGCGCGAGACAUCUACCGGGCGGACUAUUACAAAAAAGGUGGCAAAGCCAUGCUGCCGAUCAAAUGGAUGCCACCUGAAGCGUAUAUUGAUGGCAUCUUUACUAUAAAGACUGAUGUUUGGUCGUUCGGCGUUCUGCUAUGGGAGGUGUUCUCUCUGGGCGUGAUGCCGUACACUGGCUGCGCUAACCGGGAGGUCAUGGAGAUGGUCUCCGGAGGGGGGCGGCUGGAGAAACCUUAUGGGUGCCCGCAAGAAAUAUACAGGCUGAUGUGCGAGUGUUGGAACCCCACGCCCAACGAUAGACCGCCCUUCGCGCACAUGUUUGACAGACUACAGAGAUUUUUGCAGGACCCGGAGAUAGUGAGCGCCCCCCUCCCCGUGGUGAGGUCCCUCCUCCCCCCCGCUGACCAGCCCACUGCCAACGGGCCCCAGCGAGCGCCGGCGUGUGACUACCUGGUGCCGAUGUCGCCGCAGGACCUCCCUCUACCGGACACUAGCUCAAUGGAUCAGCUGGUACUUCAUAGCAAAUCGCCAACGGCGGCGGACCCGCAAGAAACGGAGGAUUUACAAUAUCAACCUCUACUGAAAGCAUCACAAGAAUAUGGCAACAUUCCAAUGGCGUCGAGCGGCGCGGGCGCAAGACGCGCGGAUGUUUCCGCUAUUUCCGCCGCCGAGACCCGGACCACCACAAAGUUUCUGCCGUCUAAUUCUACUGACAGACUGCUGAGUUCAGUGGAAGGCGCGUCCAUGGACGAAGAUUCAGGAUCCGAAAUGGAUGAUAAGCCGAUCAUUUGGGAAACUUCCUUCACCGAGAGACCGGCCGCCGACGGCAAACCGAACGGAGAAAAUGGACCUGCUGUCGACAAACUGAUAAGCAUAACACCAACAUCACCAAAACCGCCUGAGAACGUUCUAUCGAAAGCAAUUGACGCCACAGUCAUAGACAAGACUAAUCAUAAGAACACACUAGUGCCAGAGAGGAAGACUGCACCUAUCGCAUCCCCAGACCCACCCAGGAUCGCCGCCUGGGCAAAUAAGGAUCCACCAAAACUAGCGCCGAAAUUAAAACCCCUAUGUCUAGACGCAGCACAAUUAGAACAAAACCUGAACGCGUUGAAGAAGAACAGCGGUUCAGUGAAUCUGAACACGAUGAACAUUCUACCACCUUACAUCAACGUUGUAACUCCAAAUAAGCUGUCAGAGUCGAAAACUAUACAGAUAGAUCCCAAGAAAGCCGUAAUAGAUGAUCUACAAACGCCUAAAGAUGAAGUUAAAGAAGAGAAAGUGAAGCUAAAACAAUCUAAUUCGGCUGCUAGUUUAUUGAAUGGCCCUUUGACUGAUGUGCCCUAUGCAGAUAGCGACAAUGCGUCGUCAAGCUCGGGUGGCAACGCACAAAAUCUAAUUAAUAAUCAGAAAAACAAGAAUUAUUCGGAUGUGGUGAUCGCUAAUGAGAGUAGGAAUAAAAUGAAUAAACAGGGUAGCAACGGCGGGGAAAUCGUUGUCGAUACGGAAAUCAGCUGUUAAAUUUAUCAAUUCGUUGACAUUUCGUUGCGCAACUCGGCGUUUUGACAUCGACUUUACAAUGACUAUUAUUGUAUUUAAUGCUAAAGAGUCUUAUUAUAUUAGACAUGAUUAAAACUAUAUUUUAUGUAAGACAAAAACUUGCUGACAUAUGUAUCUACAAGAAAAUAAAUAACAAGUAACACAAAAGUUUAUAAAUAAUUUCAAUUGAUAUAACAUGUCAACUUUCGGAUUGCUCAACGAAUUGUUAGACCAAAAAUAACGUUAACCGAAAAGUGACAUUACAAUUUUUUUAGAUUUCGUUACGAGUAUAUAAAUGAAGGAUUCUUAAAAUGUGACGCCGUCUAUUGAAACUCAGCAUGUGUGUGAAAAGUGAAAAAAAACCGCCGCCGUUUUAAGUGACUAAUUUAUUAGUGAAAAUAUUAAAUAAAUAAGUGUAAAUAGUAGAUUUUUAAUUAGAAACUACGUAAGCAUAUUCAUAGAUUAUGAGGACAUUGAAAAGUAUAUAAUUCAUUUGGAAAUUUGUAUUUUUGUCAGUUGUACAAUUGUUUUAUUAUAAUCGAUAUUUGUUGUUGGCGAAAAUUAAGUACGAAUAUUUCAAAUAAAGAGUUACGGCAAGAUGAGGUAUAAAAUUUUCUAAAAAGAAUUGUUAAUAAAUUAAAUAGUUAUUUUACUGUCCCAUCUCUAAAAUUUAUUUCUAAAAUAAUGUAUCUUUUAUAUACAAAAGAACCUCUUCCCGAAUUGACCUUAAAAACAUUUGUACUUAAUUUUUACUGGCCUUAUGUAAAAAAAAGUAGUAGAAAUUUAUUUAUAUGUUAAAAAAAAGAUGGCUUCCCGAAACGCUUGUUGUUAAAAAAAAUUCGAUAAUUGUUGCUCAAUACGCUCAUAAUAUUUUGCAAAAUGUAGUUCUAACUAGUGGGAUUUAGUUUUAUAUUUUUUACACUGAGAACACAGUGGCGCCAAAUGUAUAAUAUAUAUUAUACACCAAGUAUAUUAAAUUUAUUCCUGAAAUCGUAAUGCCAUAAUAAGUUGAGUACUUUUUGUGAUAUUUCAGAGUUAAAAUUAAAAUACACCGGCAUUGGAAAGUGCACAUUGGCAAUUAUUUUCAAGUAGAAUUUACAAGGUGCCGUGUGGUUCCCGACACCAAUACAAAAAAGAACAGGAACACUCCAUCUCUUUCCCAUGGAUUUCGUAAAAGGCGACUAAGGGAUAGGCUUACAAACUUGUGAUUGUUUUUUAGGCGAUGGGCUAGCAACCUGUCACUAUUUGAAUCUCAAUUCUAUCAUUAAUCUAAAUAGCUGAAUGUGGCCUAUCAGUUUUUUCAAGACUGUUGGCUCUAUCUGACUCACAAGGGAUACAAACGUGACGAUAUGUAUGUACCUAUGUAGAAUUUACAAAUAAAAGUACUUUAUUUGUAAAUUAUAUCUACAUACAUACAUUUAAGAUUUUAUUUUAAGUUAACGGUACAAAUUACCUUCCACAGAUUGAGUUAAGCCUCUGUUGAAGGUAAUUUGUACUAGUUUUUAUUUUUUCUUGUCUUUUUUUUUAAUGAUAAAAUUAUACAUUUGGCGCUAUUUUUAAGACUCUGUUAUGUUUAUGGUUUGUAAAUUUUUAUAUUCAGCUUUGUAGCAGGUUAUUUUUAAAAUACCUACAUCGAGAGAAAAAUGUACAAUUUUCGAUCUUACUGUAAACAUAUUGAGAAAAAUAAACGCACACAGAAAAAUUAAACAGCUUAUAGAAUAUCUUUAUAAUUUAAUAUACUUAAGGCAAUCAUACGAAUUAAUGAAAUGAGUAUUAAUUGAUUUUUUUUUUACUUGCUGGAAGCGCGUUACGUGUGAUGUUAUAAUUCAUGGAAUUAUAAUUUUAAAAGUAUUUAAAACAAAAAUAAUUUGAUAUGCGUGACAGCAGAUAGUUCAGAACUAAUUUGCGGGUUUAAUUUGGCUUCAUAUUUUCCCAAAUUAGUAGAACAUUUUUUUUAAAUAUCUUAAAAUUUAUGAGUUCAAUAUUAUGAUAACGGCACAAAGUGCGAAAUGAUAACUAUAAUUCCAAGAAUUAUAAAUAACAAAAUAAUUACGCGACUAAAAUCCAGUUUUCUCAAAAUCUAGAUUAAUUAGUUAAGACGUAGUAGCGCUUAAAAUGUUUGUAAAUAAUAUUAAAAAAAAAUGUAGUGAUUUGUGUAAUUCCGCCCCAAGAACAUUUAUACACUAUAUGUAUAAAAUAACGUUAUGUUUUUUUAGUCGUAAGUCGAAAUUAAGUUGUACAAAAGUCUACGUGUGUUGCCCGAUAGUUAUUUCUGUUGUUGCCCUAUUAAUUUUCGAAAUCCUACCACUAAAAUAGUUUUAUUAUAUAUUGUAUGAAUUUAAAAAAAAUAUGUGUGUUAAUCACAUACGAGGAUGCUUUAAUUAAAAUAAGAUAGAUUAAGGGGAAAUAGAGAAAACAUUUAAUUUUUUUUUAAUCAUAGUAGUGCCGACAUUUUUUAAUUAAAGCAUUUUAUUGGGCAUGAAAUGACAGGGUAUAAGGUAAAUUUUGUUGAACGUUCUCAAUUGAUUUUACUGCAGAUCGUUUUGAAGAAAUUACGGCGAAUUUCGAUCAAUUAUAAUUUUUACACCAAUCACCAAAUAGAACUGAAACCGGAUAUUUUAUAAUCAAGAGUAAGUAACUCUUGAUUAUAAAAUACCCUUUUCUCACGAAAUUAUUCCAUUUUUACAGAAUUUCGCAUUUAUUUAAUGCUCCUUUUAAAAUAUUACAGACAAACAGAUUAUCUACUAGUUUAUUAAAAUUUAAUGUGUUGGUCGCAACGCUCACUCAUGAUAAAACUCGAAAAGUGUUUUUAACGGGAAUCUAGUAAUAUGCUAUACAUCGGAUUCGCUGUAAUAUAUCUUUUAAUCAAUUCUUAUAAUUCAAAUAAAUCUACUUACUCGUUCCCUUACUCAUUCUCAUUCUUUUUUACCUUUAUUAAAAAAAUUAUAAUAAAAUAUUUUUACGUCAAUCAAUGCUGAUUCUUUUCAAAAUAAAACUAACAAUUUUAUAUUAUACCUGUAAUCCUGUUGCCGCAUUUAAUUGUAUUAAAAAAAAUACAAUUCCUAAGUUUCCCUCAAAAUGACAAUAACUAACUAUUGAACAAACAAGAUAAUUGCAAUAUUUACUUUUUAAAUAAGACCUUAUAAUUAACCCAAUAAUCUCAUGUCCUUUAUGUUUUUUGUUCAAUAAAUUAUUAAUUUAUUAUAUUUGCAAGUUCCUCUUAAAAACAUAGGGCUUAAAUGUAAGUGAAAAUAUGAGUUUUCUACACAUCAAUUAACAAUCACACGCUCUUAACAUUUACUUUGACGAAUAACGUUUUAUUGUCACUUCUAAUAAUGUUGCUCAAUUUAGAAUUAUUCUUUUUGAAUUAGAAGAAAAAACGUCUUCACUUUGAAAAUCUUUUUUUUUAAUAAAAUAUGAGACGUGGUUGUGACGUUAGUAUAGUUACGGGCGAAAAGAGAAAUGAAAAAAGUUCCUUUAAAUUUGAACCGAGUGACUCUGAAAUGUUAUUCUCAUAUUUCUAUUGAAUUUUUAAAUAUUAAAUAAAAAACGUCUUGAAUUGAAUUUGAAACAACGAAGAUUUAAAAAAUAAUUAAUGAAUUUUCUUUUGAGUAAUAUACGAUUGAGUUUGUGCAUAGUUCUCAUACACGAGCCCAUAUACAAAAACUAGUGUGGUAUAUAAAUAUUUAUAUAUACGCUAUGUAAUAGAUCGCACGUUUGUAUAUGAUACUUAAACGAUAAAUACGAAACGCAUGUAAAAUUUAUAAAAUAACAAUAAAAGAAAAGUGUAAUUGAUAUUCAAGA